AUGUGGCUUACAGUGUCAGAUAAAGAGAAAACUGGGCUUACAGUGUCAGAUAAAGAGAAAACUGACAAAUCUACUCCACAGCCUGCAGUUGUUGGGGGUCAAGGUGGUGGUUUGGAGUGUCCUGACUGCUCCAGUAAAUUUUCAAAUGCGUCUAAUCUGAGGCGUCAUGAACGUACCCAUCACGGCAGAGAAUAUCCCCCCGUCAUAUGCGUUGAUGCAAAAAACGGCAUUUUUGUGACGCCUAAAGAUCCAAGUGGACCACGUUUCCCUGUACACAUGGUCAAAUCUGUUGUUGAGCAGAAAUUGGCAUGCGAGUUGGCAGUCUGCAGGGAUUUCAUGAAAAUUGCAACGGAGUCAGGAAAUCCAGGAACUGAAUGUCAGCACCUCCGCAGGACCAACGAGAGUGUGUGUUACUCUGCACCCCCAACCCUGACAGCUGCUUCUCUGCAGUUGAUGGUGAACCAGGGACUGUUCUCCACCAUAAGGCAGAGGGAUUGUGAGCAGCUUCAGAGAAAAGCCCUUUCUGAGGCCGUUGAUUGUGUAUUUCCCAUAUUUUGGAAAGGGCAAGAUCCACCUGAAAAACUAAUGCACUUUUCAGUUUUUACAGAGCGCCCCCAACUUUUGAAAGACGCAGACCAGACCUCACAUGAAGAGGACCUUGACGAAGUGGAAGUUCAAGAUUUUGAUCCAUCGGAGCACCAAAUAUCGGUGUACGUGAAGAAGUGCCCUGUGUGCCACUUGACUGUCAGGUUUCAGGAAUACACAUCUGGUUUCCACAACUACGACAACAGGGUAUUCCUUACAAUACCUCUUUGCUCUCUCCUGACAGCAGCGUUGGGGAAUCAUAUUGCAGUUGGCCGCUUUCUUCACACAAUUGAGGCGCAUUCAGCUCUUCGCCUCCCUAUUGACACAAUUAGAAAGGCAUUCCAGCAUUUCUGUGCAUUCAGGGAAUACGACUAUUCAUACUCCUGCGUCAGAUGUGGCCACAGCCCUCCAGUGUUAAUUGCAGAUGCAAACUGGAAGGUUGCAUUUGAUGUGCCAGUUCACCUCUUCAAGCGUCCUGAUAAAGACCACAUAACAUCUGAGGAUGUGGAGGUGAAUAUGCGUGUCAGGUGGGAGUGUCUGGAGAAGCGCUUGGUGGCCUCAGGAUUUUGCACUGGUACCACCACUGCAAAUCCUUACAACAGUCCGCUUGCAUACUCCUCGUUUACUCCAUGGCUUGGAGAAAGGGUGAGGGUAGGAGACGUUGUGCCCAAAACGGAAGCGUUGAAAGGCUUCUCUCAGAAGGAUCAGUUGCCUUCAUCUUUGUCCAUGACGGUUGAUGAGGACACUAUUUUGACGGUGCUGGAUUCCAAUCCUCUGAAUAGAGACGAGUUGGUGAGAGCAUGCUCUGCUCUUGGGGUGUCUGGUUCCGGAAGCAUCACAGACCUCGUACACAGACUGGAGGAGUUGCUGCUUUAUAAAGACCUUUAUCCAAAGAUGUUCAUAAAGCUUCAAAAGACUGGAGGUGGUGUGUUGCAUCUGACAUGUCCACAUGCUGUUGUGUACUACCAUAGUCCUCUCUGGUGGCAGGAGUCUGCAAGGGAUCAUGGUGAUGCCUUGCUGAGCUUCAAACACCCUCCAACUUUUUUCAUCUCUGAUGUAGCUGGACGUGUAGCACGGCAUGUGAACAACAGGACUGGUCAACAAUUUUUUCGACCUAAUGAUGGCCGCCUGUGUGCAAGCACUCCAGAGUACAUCGCUGCUGCAACAGAGAAACGUCUUCAGGUUUCUGUGCCAUGGAUAAAUAGCCUUGGCUUCACAUCUGCCAAUACCUGUGUGGAUGAGUCCUCCACCACUGGCCGCUUUUCAAUGCCCCACCCAGUUACGGGCACUGAUGGCAGAUACUCUCUGUAUGACCGCUUCCACCAGAAAAACCAGAAGCGUCCAGAGGAGCUUCUGAGAAGCCUCAAAAUUGUCCCGGAUCUGGCACUACUGGUCAACUCAUCUGUCGCAGAACAGUUAAACAGAGAGCUGGCUUCUAGUCGAUAUUUUUUGUGCCAGAUGAAGGAGAAUAACUACAUGUUUUCCCUGCGCUUGCUUUUUCAUUUGCACAAUGUUAAAAUGAAUAACAAAUACAUUCAGGCCAUACAAGCACAGUCAAACCUGCCUUUGCACAUUGGUCUAUCAGGGACAUUGAGGCUUCACAGUGAAGGCACCAUGGCAACAACCACAAAUACCAAUGAGGCCAAUCCACCCCACUCCACACCGAUGACUGCAAUCCAGGCUACUGACACAGCAGGAAGAUUUCGACCUGAUAAGUCUUGGUGGGGCCAGCCACUCAAUACGGUGCAGCUUGAAAAGCUUGAAGAUGCCCUUGGCAAGCUGAAUAUAUCUGAGGUGGCCUACAUGGAAGGCAUAUCCUUGACCAGGAGCGAGCUGCUCACAAUAGCAGAACCUUUAGAGGUUGAAGGACAGGUAAGAACCUUCUCCAAAUGGGGCAGUUGGGACAACGUGAGUCUCUGGCAGAAAAAUUAA